AUGUUGCGCUUCCUGCUCAUCCUCGUCUACAUACUCGGCUUCCUCACCGCAGCAGUCAUGACCAUCCGACAUGCCCACGACAGCGAUACAGGGUCCACAAACUGGGACCAGCCCUGGGUCCCGGGCAUAGCCCGCCGCGACGCCUGCGCCAUGCCUUUCUUCCCGGUCUUCUUCCUCCUGCCGGCCAUCCUCUGGCCCCUCAUCCUGGCGGGCGGCAUCCUGCUCGCGGCCGGCGCCGGCUUGUGCAUGAUGCUCAGCUCCGCGACCUCGUGCUGCGGCAUACCGCUCCCCCGCGGUGACAAGAAACAGGCCGGCGGCGACGGCGAGCUGCCUGGGGACUUGGAGAUGGGGGCGGGUAGUGGGUCUGCUGAGGGUGGGGAUGGGCGUGCCGCAGAAGGUAGCGACAAGGAGUCGGAACACCCGCCCUCGUAUGCGUCUCUUGGGCCCCGGGAGGAUGGCGAUGGAGAGGCAGAUGGUCUUCUUGGCCAGGGUGCUAAGUGA